ACUCAACAGAAGAAAUAGAGAAUUUAAAAGCUUUCUCUUCUCUGUUACUAAACAGACUUCCGGCAAAACCCUAAAAUCCAUAUUCUAUUAAUUUUUUUCCUUUACGAAAUUUUAUUUUCUUCCUUCAUUUAUAUCUGGCUUUCACUCUCGUGGUGUUUUCCCCUUUCUUUCACUGAAACUUUCUCACUCGUUUUCUGUCUUGUGCUUUUUUUGUAUUAAUUAUUCCUUUUUUCGCCUGAAACAAAACGCGUAGUUUGGAUUGGGAGACGGUUAUUUUUAUAACACGGUUACGUUUUCAGGCGAUAGCUUGGAAUCGUAGCGGCGGUUGGUUAUAGUCUUCAUUCUCUUUCAUCUUCCCUCUUUUAAUUUUGUUAGAAUUUCCCAAUUCUUAUCGUUUCCCCUUUGGGUUCAAUUCCUAGCACUUGGGAAUUUAUAAUCAAAAUUUCAUCUAGGGUUUUUAAUUAUAUCUUUAAUUUAUUGUUAUUCAAUGUUGUUUUCCUAAAGUUAACUGGCAUUUGGGCUUUUAGUAAUGUUGGAAAGUUCUUUUUUACUUUGUUUUUCCCAAGUUGUUAAUUUGAGAUUGCAGAAUUAGUAAUCUGCAAAUCCAUCUUUUAAUAAAAGAUGGAAGAGUGGGAGACAGAGAGAGUUAAUUAUAUAGCCUCCUAAUUGACAUUGACAUUGCCAUUGCCAUUGUUUUCGUUGAUACGCCUCGCACUUGUGUUAGGAUUCUUUUUCGUUUGAUCAAACAACCCCUUCCCCAUUUGGUGAAUGACCAGUUAUAUUCAUCGACCCUGAUUUUUCUGGUUUAAACGACCAGGGAGAGUUUGGGAGUUUGUGUAGGAAGAGAAUCACUUUGCUGGGUUAGGGUUUGAAGAAGUGUUUUUUCCCUUUUUCUUUUUUAGUUUAUGAUGAUCAUAUUCAAUAUCCCUCAUGGAAAGUAGAGAACAAACUUUUGUUCCAGAAUGGCUGAGAAGUAAUAGCACUGUUACUGGUGGUGGCAAUUCAGCCCACAACUUUGCUUCUUCUUCUUCUUCCCACUCAGAUUUUUCUUCAGGGCAUCAUGUGAGACAUAGAAACUCUAGGAAUGUAAGUGAUUUUGAUUCCCAUCGUUCAACAUUUUUGGAGUGGACAUCUUCGUUGAAUUCACGGAGUAGUUCUAGUAAUGGUUCUACAAAGCAUGCAUACAAUAGCUUUAGUAGGAAUCACCGCAAUAAGGUUCGAGAUAGGGAUAACGAGAGGUUGAAUUUUGGGGACCAUUGGGACCUUGCUGCUUCUAAACCUUUAGAAAGUCUCUUAGCUGGUAGGGUUGAGAUGGAAACAUUGCACCGUUCAAAUUCUAAGUUCCUUAGGAAGCAGGGUGAGCCUCUGCCUAGAAGGGUUGGGGUGGAUGGUACAGAUGGUAUUAACAGUAACCAUAACAAUGACAAUGAUCUGCUUUCUGGAGUUUCUGUUGGAAGUAGCAUCCAUAAGACUGUGUUUGAGAGGGAUUUUCCCUCACUUGGAACUGAGGAUAGGAAAGUGGUACCUGAGAUAACUAGAGUCUCUUCUCCUGGUUUGAGCUCAGCUUCUCAGAAUUUUCCCAUCGGUAGUUCAGCAUUGAUUAGUCAAGAUGGAUGGACCUCAGCUUUGGCAGAAGCCCCUAGUGUGGUUGGAAGUAGUAACACAGGUUCCUUGACUAUCCCCCUAACUGUUUCCACAUCAUGUUCUCCGACUCUAACUGGCUCAUCAGGUCUUAAUAUGGCUGAAGCACUAGCACAAGCUCCUUCACAGUCCCAUACUUCUCCGCAGUUAUUUAUCAAGAUUCAGAGGCGUGAGGAACUGACUAUUAAGCAAUCAAAGCAACUAAUACCACUGACACCUUCAAUGCCCAAGGGUUCGGUUCUCAAUUCAGUGGAUAAAUCUAAUGGCAAACCAGCUGUCAGAACAAGUGAGAUAAAUAUAGCUGUGAAGAGUGGGCAGCAGCAACCUUCUUUGAUUCAUCAUGGAAAUCAAUCUCCUCAUGGUGGAUAUGUCAAGUCUGAUAUGCCGAAAACACCUGGGAAACUUUUGGUUCUCAAACCAGGAUGGGAGAAUGGUGUCUCAUCCCCUACUCAAAAAGAUGUUAGUAGCUGGGUUCACUGUGGAAAAGAGACCCUCUCUGUCUCAAACCCAGAGCCGAAAUGACUUUUUUAAUCUGCUGAAGAAGAAGACCUCAGCAAAGACUUCUGCGAGUCACUCAGAUUCACACCUUCAUAUAUCAUCUUCUACCUCAGAGAAAUCUGAAGUUACGAAGGAAAUAGUUACUGACUCUUCGACUGCCCAUGUUAAUAAAAAUGGUACUGCUGCAACUAGCAACGGUGAUGCCUGUCAAGAGGCUCAAAGUUUUGCUGAUGAUGAUGGUGAAAAGAAUAUGGGCUCUGCUUCUAUGAUUCAUCCAGAUGAGGAAGAGGCUGCAUUUCUUCGUUCUCUUGGCUGGGAAGAAAACUCUGGUGAAGAUGAAGGCCUUACAGAAGAGGAGAUCAAUGCUUUUUAUCAGGAGUGCAUGAAACUGAGGCCGUCUCUGAAUCUGUGUCGUGGCAUGCAACCAAAGCUGGCUCAAUCUUUUGCAACUAAUUUGGAUGGAGCUGCUUCUGAACUGAGCUCCUCUGACUCUGGAUCCAAAGCUUGACUUUCUUUGUCCUUACAUAGUAAAUCCAAAUUUCUUUUUUCUUCUUUUUUUAUUUUAUGGCAGAUGAUUAUUUUCCCCCCUUCUUUUUUGAUUGAAAGAAAACUGAUGAGUUGGGGUGGUGGUUUGGUUUGAUGGUGCAUUUUGCAAAUAGUGCAAUAAUUCCUCUUACCCGUCUAUAACACAGAAUCUUUUAGGCUUGAGGGGGGCUAUAUUGAUUGCAGUCGGGAGAUGCUAGAAAUUUGCAUCUUUAGGAGAUAUUUCUUUCUUUCCUCUUUUACAAGAAAUAGCUUAUUGGUGAUUUUGGUCAGUUUUACAGAAUGAAAGAAGGAAAU